GUCACGUGAUUUCGCGGAAGCCGCAGCGCGAAGGCGAGUUUCAGUGUUCCCCAGGAUGGCAGGCGCCAAUGGGCGGAGGCUGCGGCCCUGGCUGGUGGCACAGGUGGAGAGCGGCCAGUUCCCCGGGUUGGUGUGGGACAACGCCGAGCGCACGGCCAUCCGCAUCCCCUGGCAGCACGCCGGCAAGGGCGGGGCCAGGGGCGGGGCCUGCACAGCCCUCUGCCAGGCAUGGGCGGAGUUCAAGGGGCGGCUCCGCCCUGGGGUGCGGCCAGACCCCGCCAGCUGUAAGACGCGUCUGCGCUGCGCCCUCAACAAGAGCUCGGAGCUACAGGAGGUGCCGGAGCGCUCCCGCCUGGAGGGGCCCCGGCCCUACAAGGUCUAUCAGCUCCUGACGCUCCCCCAAAAGCCAGGCAGGCAGCCCCUGAAGCGCAGGGACUGGCAGCCCCAGAAGGAGGAAGGACUGAGCCCCACGGAGCGGGUCAAUGGAGAUGCCCAGGCCCACAGCACUACGGCAUCAACCCCCAGUCCCGAUGAGGUGCCAGCCGAGGAACCCCGCCUGGACACUGAGGACACCUCUGAGGAACCGCCCCCGGGCCCUCUGAAACUGGGCAUCAUGGUGGACAGCACUGAGCCCCUUCCACCGGCAGAGGGAGGGGCCUGCCUGGGCUUGCGGCUGUGGCUGGAGGGCGAGCUGGCCUGGCAGGGCUGGCUCCCUCCUGGUGACUACCUGCUGAGCCCCCCCGCGCCCCCAGGGGCCAGCCCCCACCCUGGGAUGCUGCCGCGCCUGUUGCUGAUGCCCCCCCCCGAGUCACUACCCGCCCAAGCCAUGGGGCCAGGGGCCAACGGUGACCCCCCUGCCGUGGGACAGCUGCUGGCAGGGCUUCGGCCAGGGCUGCUGGUGGCCAGCACCUGGCGGGGGCUCUUCCUGCAACGCCGGCCCGGGGGGCUGAGAGUGCACUGCCGUGCCCCACAUGCUGGCCCCGCAGCAGAGGGCGGACCCCUGCAGGAGAGGGAGCUGGUGCAAGCCUUCGACGCACAGCGCUUCCAGGAGGAGGUGGGGAAGCACCACGCUGGGCUGGGGCCCCGCCCUGAACACUGGGUGACGCUGGCUGUGGGGCAGGAGCUGGGCCCUCACGACGGCCCCCACAACCGCACUCUCGUCCUGCAGCUCGAGCAGGCCUUUGCCCAGCAACUCCUCAAUGGCACCCCGGCUGCCCUGGAACCCUCCUGUCCCCUCCUCACGUAAACCUGAGCGUCCCGCACGGUGCCCACGGGCCUCACCAGCGUCCAGGGCGCUGUGUGUCCGAUGUUAAAUAAAGCUGCGUCCCAACCGCUAUCGAUGUGUGGGGAGCCGCCGUCUGCCCCCUAGCCGCCAUCUUGCCGGCUCGCCCUCUCGCUGAGGUGCAAGGGCGGGAAAGCAGUAGCGCCCGCUGAUUGGCCGUGGUGCAAGGUGGGAAGGCCUCCCAUAGGCUCAGCCCCGCGCGGCGGUCCCCAAGGGAGAAGAGGCGCUGAUUGGUCAACGCUUUCUCUCCGCGGUUGCACCUCCUCUCGCCCAGGUUUGACAGCGGCAGCCUAUUGGCUGGAGGGAGGUCGGGGGCGGGACGGGUGAGUCUAUAAGAGGUGAGGCGCGAAGAGCCCGGCCUCAGUCAAGGGGCGAGGGGAGGCGUGAGAGGGUAAGUAGUUUAGCACGCGUCUAACUUCUCAGCGCCAGUGCUAAUGAAGUGGGCUUCAUUAGCUAACUAAUUACUUGCCUGGGACUCCUCAGCGACCGCCCAAGAGCUGGUGGAGAGAAAAGGCGGUUUAAAUUAAUUAACGGGGGGUAGGAGGUUGAGCGGUGUUGAUUGCUUUGGCAGGGCAGGGUCGAGUGUUAAUUAGGGUGCAGCAGGGUUUAAUUAGCUGGUGGGUGGGGAUAAUCAGUAACCGGUAAUUUUUAGACCUUUGGGCUGUUUUCGGGGUUGGGUUUUAAAGCCUUGAGCUUACUGAUUUUAGCUGAGUGAAUCUGAAGCUCGGGGAUCUCGUUUUGGGGAGCAGUUGGGCAGAUUUAGGGCAAAAGGCAGCUUCUAAAGCCUGUUAAUUAAAUUAAUACGUUUAAAUUUAGGCGGUGCUGGAGUUGGAGCUGUUUUCUAGGAUUUGGGGGCUUUCUGGUGUCAAAUUCAGCUUUAAAAGAUAUAACUUCCAUAAAAAUGUCUGAAGUUCCCACUUUUGGGGGGUGGAGCUCAUUGCGACAAAAAGCUUUUUGAAUACGUUUAUUACUACAUUAAAUAUCUUACUACAUUAAAUAUCUUAAUAUUUAAAGUGGGGCAGUGCCAGAUUUGGGGCUGUUUGCUGGCGUUUUGGGCCACUUUAGGGUCAAAUUCGGCUUUUUUUUUUGUUAUCUGCUAAUUUUCAAUUAUUAAAACUUACUUAAGUUGCUUCCGUUACGCUUAUUAAAACUUUAAAUUAUUAUUUAAA